AUAACAUUGAAACGCUUAGCCUGGUAGCUUAAGUAAUGUUGCGGUUAGCUACUAGCAAACCGAGUAGCUGUGUAGUAGUAGCCGUGUAGUAGUAGCCGUGUGUUUAGAACCCUGUUUAGGCCUUUGGUCAAUAGUAUUAAAACGUUAUCGAGAACGAACACUUAAAACAUUUACCCGGUUUUCCUCGGCUACUGCUCUUCGUGGUUUCGUAGACAAUAGUGCAAACUGUUGUUUCGAGCCCAAAAACCUCAAAGUACCCGAGGAAAGAUGGAGGCGCCACCUGUUACUGUAAUGCCUGUCACUGGGGGCACAAUUAACAUGAUGGAGUAUCUGUUACAAGGGAGUGUGUUAGACCAGGCCCUGGAAAGCCUCUUGCAUCGCCUUCGAGGUCUGUGCGACAACAUGGAACCUGAGACUUUUACCGAUCAUGAGUUGGUUUACCUUCUCAAAGGCCAGCAAGGAAACCCCUUCAUUUUGCGUGCCCGCCGUUCCCUCUCCCACCCAACUGCUCCAUGGCACCUACGCUACCUUGGUCAAUCUGAAGUGGGAGACAAGAGUCGCCACGCUUUGGUACGCAACUGCGUUGAUGUUGCUGCCUCUCACAGCCUUCCGGAGUUCCUCAAUGAGAUGGGCUUCCGCAUGGACCAUGAGUUUGUCAGCAAUGGACACAUAUUUCGUAAAGGUGCAAUGAAAAUUGUGGUCAGCAAGCUGUCACGCAUACUUGUACCAGGGAAUACAGAAAACACUGAGCAUCUAUCACUUUCAUACCUGGUGGAGCUGAGUGUGUUGGCUCCUGCAGGACAAGACACUGUGUCAGAGGACAUGCGCAGCUUUGCUGAACAACUCAAACCCCUGGUUCACUUGGAAAAGAUUGACCCUAGCAAACAGAGACAUUAGCCAGUUUUCCACAAAAAGGAACUCUCUCCGGGUGACUGGGAACCUUGGGAGGGACUCCAUGAGUUUCCACCAGAGGAACUAGGUCUAAGUCAACUUCUGAGGGAAUUAUUUCACUCUCAAAAAAGUUCCUUCUCAGGGCAGUAUAUUUUGAAAAUUCAGUAACAUUGGUGUUGGGGCUUGCAGCAUUGAACACAACUGAUUGGCCAAGCAGCCUCCUGCCACUCUUUUAGUUAACUGCCUGAUCAGCUAUAGCUGAUGUUAUAGAGAGGGAGGUUGUUGUCAAGUGGGAUAGUUUAUGAAUAAAAGAGGGUGGGGGGACUAAACAAAGUGGUGAGUUAGAGGAAUAAAUAUUUUCUUUUUGUAUUGUUUCACAAUGCUUAUGUUCUAAAGCAAAAUUAAACAUGGUCACACUUUUAUGAAGGAAAAGCCAUGUGGGAAGUUGUGGAAUUUCCAGAUUUUGUGUAAAUGGAAGCAAAGAUUCAUCCCGUCCUCUGUGGCUACUUUAUUGUGUGCUUCAAAGAGACACUGACCUGCAGGUAUGACACAAAGAGCAGGGAAAAGAGACAUAGAUGCCUAAUAUGUAACCUCCUCAUUAUCAACUAUAAAGCCCCACUUUUAAAAACACCUGUCACUUUUUCAGAGAACUAAUGUGCAUAAUUUUUGCAGGUUUUAAGACAGCCAGCUGUCAGCUGCUUAGGUGAAAAAAGCAGCUCAACUGUCAGAGUUCUGUGAACAAAAUAUUUUUUUGUUAUUCCUUUAGCUUUUAAACAUUGUAUUUUUUGUUUGUUUGUUUGCUUUUUUUAAUAAAAUGAAAUGGAGACUAUAUAUAGCCUUGA